ACCGUCGACCCCUCUCCUCCUGAAUGGAUCGCUUGUCUGGCUGCCUGCGCCUGUUCCUCAACAAAGAUGGCCCUUAGCCCUCCUUCAUCCUCAGCUACUUCUCAUUUCGAUCUACAGGCUCUUGCGUUGCACUGUCUACUCGAUUUGGCCCAAGCAUCUGUGCUCCAGUGGCAGCGUCUCUCAGUUCCUGCCUAUCUCUUCCAUCAUUAUAAUCGCCAGUUCCCAUUAGGUUCACAGAAGUCGCAGGGGCCACCAACUUCUGGUACCAUUGGCCGUUCGCUCUGGGCCCACUUAUCUUCCAAAGCUGCUCUUCACAAUGAGGAUGCUGCUCAUCUGCUCUUUCGACUUCACAGUCUUUCAAAUACGUUGAUGUCUGUUCUUCAAUCGGACUUACUCAGCACCUCUAGCCGAGGACGACAACUUUCCACAAUAAAGAUGGUUCCAUUUGUCUACAGGUGA